CAGGCGAGUAGGAGGGUGUACUUCUUGCACGGGCUAGUUGGUUAAUUUUGAAAUCAUUUCUUACAAACGAUAUUUGCCAUUCUGUUAGCGCUUUUACUGCUGGAUUUAUGACUGCUCUGAUGGCUGAGACCGGAUGCGACUUUACAUAUUGCAGAAUGAGAGGAAUUAUGUCCAUUCUCACUGCUUUCAUAAAGGAGAGGAAGAUGGGCGUGAACGACUUCAUGCAGAAACUGGUGUCCUGCCCUCAUAUCUGCAAGCACUCCAAUGUCAAAGGCUUCCUGAAGAUUGAGGACAAUAUCUGUGAUGAGAUUGACGAAUUUGAAUCUAGCAUGUUCUGUCUGAAUGGCCCCAGGAGCUCUCUGGCAGAGGAGACACAGAUCAAACCAUGUCACUUUGACUACCUGAAGAUUAUCGGCAAAGGAAGCUUUGGGAAGGUCCUGCUGGCACGACACAAGGAGACUUCCAAGUAUUAUGCUAUUAAGGUCCUGCAGAAGAAGGCUGUCCUGAAAAAGAAAGAGCAAAGGCACAUCAUGGCGGAGCGCAGUGUCCUUCUGAAGAACCUGAAGCAUCCAUUUCUGGUGGGGAUGCACUUCUCCUUCCAGACCACCGACAAGCUCUACUUCGUGCUGGACUACAUCAACGGUGGAGAGCUGUUCUACCACCUGCAGCGGGAGAGGGUUUUCCUGGAGCCGCGCGCCCGCUUCUACGCCGCCGAGAUCGCCAGCGCCCUGGGCUACCUCCACUCUCUGCACAUCGUUUACAGAGACCUGAAGCCAGAGAACAUUCUCCUGGACUCUCAGGGUCACAUCGUCCUGACCGACUUCGGCCUCUGUAAGGAAGGGGUGGAGCCCAACGGGACCACCACGACCUUCUGCGGGACCCCAGAGUACCUGGCCCCAGAGGUGCUGCAGAAGCAGGCCUACGACCACACUGUGGACUGGUGGUGCUUAGGCUGUGUGCUCUACGAGAUGCUCUACGGCCUGCCUCCGUUUUACAGCCGGAACACGGCAGAGAUGUACAACAACAUCCUGCACAAGCAGCCCGUGCUGCAGCCCAACGUCUCCAACGCCGGGAGAGAGCUGCUGGAGGGACUUCUGCACAAGAACCGCACUCAGAGGCUUGGGGCCCGAGAGGACUUUAUGGAGCUAAAGUGUCACUCCUUCUUCUCCCCCAUUAACUGGGAUGACCUCGUGGCCAAGAAGAUCACCCCCAUGUUCGUCCCAUCCGUGAAUGGCCCCACUGACCUGCAGCACUUUGACCCUGAGUUCACCCACCUCCCCGUGACUUCCUCCGUGUGUAACGCGGACGCCUACGCAGCGACCAACAGUGUGCGUGAGGCAGCUGGCGCCUUCCCUGGCUUCUCCUACGGGCCACAUACUGACCACAGCUUCCACUAGGGGUUGCCACCUCCAUACUGACUCCUUCCCUGCCCCCUACAGCCAUUCCAUCCAGGGAGAGUCAUGCAGGCACAGUGAGGGCAGCCAAGGGAAGGGGUCCAGCCCGGGAGCACCCGGCCCUGCACAGGUUAUCAGGACUGAUGACACACUAAAAUUAAGAGAAAACUGGACAUCUCCAUGUUGGCCUUCCAUGUGGGAGUGAAAAGGGAGUUCUUCCUUUAUUUCAAACCCACUCACACUUCUCUGCCUAAGAGAUGCAGAGCGUGCCAAGCUUUGGAGAUCGGGACAUUUCAUGACAUGCAGGGACAUUACGCAAAGGACUAUUCAGCUCAGUGAAACACCAGCCUUCAACAAGUUAAUCUCUCUCUAGCCUCCUCGUGCAAGGCCAGCGUUUACAAACCACCAUCCAGGGAACAAUUUCACUCAUCA